UAACUUUUUUUAACGUAUCGGGACAAAUGGACCAAAAUUCAGUACUGAAGUAUAUCAAAAACAGAAUGAAAAAUAUCUUCACAUUCAAAAUAAUAUGCUUAAUGGUUUUUCAAAUAUCGUAUAUGGAUGCCACAUAUUUGUGUUCCUACAUCAAUGGAACAAUUUGCUGCCCGGGAUUUAUAUGGGAUUACAACCUUAAAACAUGUACAAUUUGCAAAGAAGGAUCUGCAGAAAUAGAUUGCAAAGAUAAGUGUUUUUUCCCUUUUAAUGAAUUGAACUGUCAGUCAGCGUGUAACUGUACUGAAAAAGACUGUGAUCAUGUCAAAGGCUGCAAAAGAAAGUCAAAAGAGAAUCCACAUGAAUCUCACGUCAGGAUUGGAAUCAACAGAACGAAUACCACAAUUGAACAAUCAACUGUGAGAAAGAAGAUAUCAAAUGGUAUUAAAGGAAUAGGACAUUCUGAGCAAAAGUAUAUUAAACUAGAUACAACUACAAUGAUGAUUGGAAUCAUAGGGCUAACACAAGUAUCAAUUGUCCUUAUAAUUCUAAUUACGUGUACAUAUCUAUUGGAAAGUUGUAAAACGAUGACUAAAGUUCACGAUAUCAAGACAAUCGAGAUCACAAGUGUUUGA